AUGGCCGACAAGAGUCGAUCCCGCGUUUACCUUGACAUUGAAAUUGGUGGUAGAAAAGAGGGCCGCAUCGCUCUAGAACUGUUUGACGAUGUGGUCCCCAAAACCGCGGACAACUUCCGUGCUCUCUGUACCGGUGAAAAGGGCAUUGGAAAGCAAGGAAAGCUACUCAGUUUCAAGGGCUCAAUUUUCCACCGUGUCAUCAAAAACUUCAUGAUCCAGGGCGGUGACUUUACAGCCUUCAACGGUACCGGCGGUGAAUCCAUCUACGGCGAGAAAUUCGAAGACGAAAAUUUUGAUCUCAAGCAUGACCGUCCUUUCCUCCUAUCCAUGGCCAACUCCGGCCCUGCCACCAACGGUAGCCAAUUCUUCAUCACAACAGUCGAAACCCCGCACCUGGACGGCAAGCACGUCGUAUUCGGAGAGGUCAUCAAUGGAAAGAGUCUGGUUCGCAAGAUCGAAAACAUGCCCACACAAGCCGACAAGCCGAUUAAGGAUGUCGUUAUCGCCGACUGCGGGGAGUUAAAGGGCGAAGAAUACGAGAACGCCGACAAAAAGGCCGUCGAUGCUACCGGUGACCCAUACGAAGACUACCCCGCAGACCACGAUUCUGAAUUGACGGCUCCCUCAGCCUAUGAAAUCGCGACUAAGCUCAAGGAACUCGGAAAUACAGCUUUCAAGGCCGGCCAAACAUACGUCGGCCUGGAAAAGUACCAAAAGGCUUUACGUUACCUGAACGAAGUACCCAACGCCGACGACAAGGACCCCAAGGAACUUGAGGGACAAAUGAAAGCUCUACGAUUUACACUACACUCCAACUCGGCUCUGCUCGCAAACAAGCUCAAACGCUGGCAGGAUGGCAAGACCUGGGCCGGCUACGCUUUAGAGACUGCCGAUGCCGCUGAUGCAAAGGAUGCAGACCGCGCAAAGGCUUAUUAUCGCCGUGCAGUUGCGCAAGUUGGGUUGAAGGAGGAGGAUGCUGCUAUUAAAGACCUUGAGGCUGCAUUGAAGCUCUCUCCUGGUGACGCUGCUAUUAGCAAUGAGAUUGCGAGGGUUAAGAAAAUUAUUGCGGAGGCUGACAAGAAGCAGAAAGAGGCUGCUAGGAAAUUUUUCUCUUAG